AUGAAAGGAUUGAACUUUUUGAACUUUAGGAAAUUGGGAACAAGCAACAAUUUAUUUGAAAAUAUUUUCAAAGUACGUGUUAUAAUACCUCGACCCUUAACAACAACACCAUCAACGACGAAAAAUGACGCGAACUUGAAAAGUAAAAGACAGUUAAAGAAAGAAGCUCGUGAUGAAUCCAAAUUUGGGGACAACGCACGUAUCUAUCUUGUUCAUAAAUUCAUCCCUUCUUCAAUUUCGGCACGUAAAUUACGUUCAAAUCAUUCAAUCACGGAGAGUACUAACAGAAUUACUGAUUCGAACGAUGAUGACAAUUCUUCGUUAACAUUUAUUAAAGAUUCUUCUAGCACGCAACAGAAUAUCAUUCAAAGAUUAUCUCGUGCGAUAAUCAAAUGCGAUGACAAUGUACCUCACAAUUAUUUAAGUUCCACUUUUGUUCGAAUUGUUAAUAUUAGUGUAUCAACCGAAUCAAACAUCGCUAACAUCUGGUGGAAACCCGAUCCACAAAAGGGAAUUAACGAGGUAGGGUAG